AUGUCUUCGUCUAAUGAACCGGAAAAGAAACGUAGUAGAUCGGAUGACAGCGAUCAAGUUGACGAAGAAGAGAUAAAGGAAUUGCCAAAAGGAUGGGAGAAGCGAAUGAGUCGCUCAAAUAAUCGGUUUUACUACUUCAAUGUGUACACUGGUCGCAGUCAGUGGGAGCGACCCUCAAAACCAGCUGAUCCAGCUCAAGCAAGUUUGAAUGAAGUACACUGUGCACAUUUAUUAGUAAAACAUAAUGGUUCGAGGCGUCCUUCGUCUUGGCGUUCAGAUGUUAUUACACGAUCAAAGGAAGACGCAAGGAAGAUUUUGAUUGGUUACAGAAAACAAAUUGAGGAGGCAUCUGAUAAAAAAUCAAAAUUGAGAGAUUUGGCGAAAGAAUUUAGCGAUUGCUCCUCAGCAAAACGAGGUGGUGACUUGGGGUUUUUCAAACGACGACAAAUGCAAAAGUCUUUUGAAGAUGCCGCCUUUGCUCUUGGAGUCGGACAGUUGAGCGAUAUAGUUGAUACUGAUUCAGGCUUACAUCUUAUUUAUCGAAUUGCAUGA